GUUUUAGCUAAUCAACUAACAAAAUGGUUGUUCAUCAUGUUUGGAUAAUGCCGGUAUUGUCGGUGACAUGUGCUUUGAUCGCAAUGUUUAGUGGAUACAGUAUCGGAGUUGCGAAAGAACGCUUUCCUCCAUUUUUCCCUUUCAUAAGUGAUGGAGGUGGUUAUUCACCUGAAGCUAAUAUUUUCGGACAAUUCUUGAACAUGGCUGGGUUCCUUUAUGUUAUCACAGUUUAUGUCGUACAUAUUCAAAUUGUUGCAUUCUAUGGGCACGUUCUGAAAUGGAACCGAUCAAGGUGGUAUUAUUCUUCGUUAUUACUGAUGUAUAUAGGAUUUUUGAGCGCACUAGGCAUGACUAUGGUGGCAAACUUUCGCUACACAGAAAUCCUACCUGCUCAUAUGAUUGGCGCCAUGAUGACAUUCAUUGCAAUGGUCAUUUACGGCUGGGGACAUGCAAUUUUUGGAUAUGUGGUAAUUCCAAGAAUGAUUGCGCUGGGCGUUAUUCACUUUCGUUUCGUCCUCAUUAUUCUCACAACAUGCUGUCUGAUUCUUCAUCAGGUAGCCGCGUCUUCACUCGCUUUCGUACCUGAUGGGGCUGGGGCUGGCGAAAAUCCUGGAAUUGAAGGGAUGCGUUCGGAAGAGUCACCGUUUCACAAAACGUAUUCAACAGCUACAAGUUGUGAAUGGGGAAUGAUACUUGUAAUGCAAGUGUUUAUUCUAACAUUCAUUGCUGAACUUCGUCUAUUACGGGCAUGCUCCCCAUUUGGUGUUGAAGCGCGACAAGCAGGAGGGAGAACAUGAGCUGUCUAAUACACCAUAAAAAAGGUUGGCAUUCUUGUUCUUCAAAGAUUUGAACGUAUGGUAGCAGUUUUUACAUCUCCGAAUACAUUUCAGUAAAAAAAAUUUCUAGGUCAUCAUCAUUUAGUAAUGUCUGUUGUAGACACAGAAAUUGAUUCUGAUCUCCUUUUGUCCAAAGUUAAAAGUUUCAAUAAUCUUGAAGCUGUAAAUUCAAUAACUUUAUCAAUGCUCCUUUCAUUUUUUUCUCCAGUGCUAAAAAUGCAAGCACCUUUACACAACAGCCCAGUUUCG